ACUCCCAGCUGCACCGUCGGGACGGGCUCCCCAGAUUAUCCGCCCCUUGGAGUCAGGAGCAACUUCAUUGCCUGGGGGCAGCCCGGCCCCCAGCCCAUCCCUGAUGGCCGUCUACAAAGUCCAGGUGUCCACAGGCCAGGGCGCCCUGGCUGGCACUUUUGACACCAUCUCCAUCACCCUGGCGGGCAUCGACGGGGAAAGCACCAAGCAUGUGCUGGACCAAUACGGGUUGGACUUUCAGUCAGGAUCACGCUCGAGUCCUCAAACGAGACGAGAGGGAUCUUCCGUCUCCUUCGGAGCCUGCUUGAUGCCGGGCCAGACCAGGCUGACUCACAUCAAUGCAGCAAAAAAGGAUGGGGCGGGGGGAGGCGGGGAGAAAGUGCUGGGGUGUCCUCGUACCAGCCUGACGGGGCGGGAGCCCCUGAUGGAACCGCAGUUCUGUGGGCUGGGACGGUCAGUGAGGGGGUCUGCAGCCUGGAUGCUGGGGAUUUCCGCAGGGCUGAACGAUACCAGCUGUGAUCUACGGGCUGCACCCUCACCUGGCACCUGGGAUCUAGACCCGGGACGGUCUGUCAUUUUAUAUCUGAGCAGCGUCUGGCGUAAUUGAGGCCCUGAUUCGGUCAGGGUCUGUGCAGUCCCCCGAGCGACGGGGCCCUGAUCUCUGUCGGGGUCUGGGUAGAACCGGGAGCGACAGGGACUCUGAACCAUUAGUGCUGGAAUCCUUUUCAAAGGGCGGGGGGUGCUGAAAACCUGCCCUGU